AUGACCGCGUCGAAGACAGGGGUGGAUCUUUCCAACCCCGGAGACUUGACCCUCAAGAAACAGCUCGACCUGUUGGAAGCAAGCGGAGCCAUCAAACGCUUUGACUCGCAUCCGUUCGUGAAAAAUAUCAUUGACAGUCGGAGCCUACCCACUCGUAAAGACAUCGAGGUUGGCCCCAAUGACCCAACUACCACUUCCCAGCUGCGGAGGGCGGCCGCCAAAAACAAUACCCUCGUGGUUGGUGGCGCAGUGGUCAAGAACCUUUCUCUUCUGCUUGCAAAGGACCAGGAUACAGUCGCUGAAGUGCCUCUCCGGGCCUUUCCUGCCGUUACCAAGCCGACCCCCAAGGCCAACAGCCUGCUCAUAGCUCCUGUAAACGCCGACCAUCUGACGCUGCUUCUGUCACCCCCCAGCCCGACAUCAUAUUUCCAAUUCACCAGCCAUGUAGCACCCGAUCCUGUACGGGCUUCUUCUUUUGCCGACGAAGCCACCGACGCGGACAAAUCCAUGCCGGCCGAUAUAAUCAACGGCUACUCGCUGAGCGGAGACCUGGAGAACUUCUGGGGCAUCAAGGGACUCACGGGAAAGCUGUACGUUUACAAUGGCGAUACCGUGCGCGAGAAGGUCAGGUUCAGCGACUUUGCCUUUGACGCCGGGAAGAACAAGCCGCUAUCCAAACUCGAGCACUCGCCACUGGCUAAGUUCUUCCCACACAUCGACAUGGAACCUAUCAAGCAACUUCCUAUAAAUAAUGUCGAGUUUACCUAUACUGAGGCUGACAAUGACUUUCUCUACAAGAAGGGGCUGCGUCUGGAAGGUGAUGUUCUGUGCACCGGUCACCUCCAGCCUGUAGCGGACAUGCUCAGGCGCAUCUACGGAGACAAGGACGCGCCGUCGAAGCUGCAUGUCUCGGCUCAUCUUAGCGAUGAAAGAGACUGGACCAAGGCACCCAAAAUUACCAAGCUUAUUCUGAGUGCCACGUUGGUGGACGGAAAGCUCAAGGUCUGGGACUUUUUGGCCUUUGAUUCCGUGGAUGUUCAGAUUUUGGCAUUGCAAAAGGACAAGCAGGAGAAGGUCAAAGAUGAUAAGGAUAAGGAUGAGUCCAACGAUGCUGCCACGGAAGCAAAGGACGAAAAGCAAGCCACUGAGCCAGAGUCGAAAGCGGGCAAGGUAGCAGACAAGGCCACCGAAAAGGUCAGCAAGGCCACUGGCAUAGCCAGCAAGGCAAGCGAUUAUAAAGCCCAAAAGAAAGCCGAGGCCACGAGCUCCCAGGAAGUCUCCAAGAAGGCCACUAAAGAGUCCACGGAAAAGGGCAAAGAAGACGCGAAGGAUGACAAGCAGGGCGAGGGAGAAGCCCAAGAGGACGACACCGCUGCUAUUGAUGAAAAGGCCGAUCAAAAAGCACCCGCCAAACCCGAGAAAACCUGGGAGUUCGGUCUAUGCAUCCUGGGAACAGGCAGCCUCAUCAACUUACCCAAGGCGACAAAGCCAUUGUGGGUGAAAUACCGAAUGGAGAGGGACCCACAGGAGACUACAAAGGCUUUGUAUAAGGUGCAUAUAACGGCUGAAGACUGGAAAAAUGCGUUUGGUGUCAAGAACCUGAAUGUAAGACUUUGUCCGCUUCUGUACAUUUAUUCCAAAUGCUACUCAGAAUGCUAA